CGCCGCCCUCUUCGUCGGGCCAUUCACCGGCGACGAGCAUUCAUCUGGUACUCCCUUCCCGUAUCUUCACCUUCAUAGCUGUGCGAAAUGGACUACCCCAAACCCUAAAUGUUAAGCUAUGAGUAUCCAGAUCUGACGCAGUUACAUGCAUAUGUAUUAUAAUUGUACACACAAACUUCGUUUUUUUCGCAAAAAAAGGAUUUAUCGCAUGCACAUCAUAUGUCCACCGAUGUCCUGUACUGGAUCCUCCCCUGCAUUUGAAUAGGUGACCUUGAGCUCUCUCCUGAAUAUCGGUGUGCUCCCACGCAGAACACAGAAACUGGGAGACUGAAAAGUGGGUGGGGGGUUCGUAUGAAAGGGACACAUUUCUGGCACAAGUUAUUAUGUUUUCUAUUUGUGUAAAUGGGAUACCUUAAAAACUUGUAAAAUGGCCACUCUAAUCCCGAAUGGCACCUACUGCCUUUGUAAAUCUAUGUACUCGAUCCCAUUUAAACUAUCAUGUAUCCAUGUUUAUGAUGCUUAUUGUAUCAGCGUGCUUCAUUCAGAGUGGACUGUGAAAGUUUUUCAUCAAGUCUCAUUUAGUACUGAUUGAUACUAGUUUGUUAUGUUUCAGGAGGAGAGCAUCACACUCAUCUAACUGAUAUUAGGAUGAGUCUAUGUACAAUAGCACGCCGACUAUGUCUUUCAAAACCAUCCUCUGUGAAUCGUCUUUCAGUAAUUUGGGCUCAUCUAUACAGCACCGAGGCUGCAAAGGACACGGGUGCUAAGAAGUACAAGUACCCUGAUGUAUACGACCCAUACGGGCCUAUGUCGCUACCGUCAGAGAAAGUUGUGGAUCUAGCUGACCGCAUCGCUGCUCUCCCUCCUGAGGAGAUCAAACAGAUUGCUCCAGCCCUUCUAUUCAGACUGAACCAAGAGCCGCCACAGGCUAUCUCCGGCCAGGGUUUCAGUUUUGGUGCUCAGGGUGGUGCGGGGGUCGGUGCCGGAAAGGCUGAGGAAAAGAAAGCUGAGAAGACAGUCUUCGAUGUCAAGUUGGAGAAAUUCGAUGCUGCUGCAAAGAUCAAGAUUAUCAAGGAGAUCAGGACCUUUACGGAUUUGGGGCUGAAGGAGGCAAAGGAGCUAGUGGAGAAGGCCCCAGUCAUUCUGAAGCAAUCGCUCACAAAGGACGAAGCAGAAGCAAUCAUAGGGAAGAUAAAGGCAGCUGGCGGUGUUGCUGUCAUGGAGUGAACGAAGGGAUGACCAUCUCGACACAACACACUUUUAUUUCCUAUUUUUGUUGCCAUGAUCAAGCAUUUGAAUUGCACAUUGCAGUGCCUUUAUGCUGAUGGAGAAAAUAGUUUACAUCUACGUUGGUAACCAAGGCGAGAGGGAAACUAGAGAUUUAGUUGCUAUGAUGAUAUUCAUGACUUGUUCUAGAAUAAGCAGUUCUUUGGGCUCUACACAACUUAUUUGGUGGAGUGAAUGGAUGUUGCCAUCAGGGCCAAUACCAUG